CCCUCCUGUGUGCACCUGCCGAGGGAGGGAGCGGAGUUUCGGAUGCUUCAGUAGAGUGAGCUGCUCUUUCAAAUUCACCACAAGUCCGUCUGACCAAGUUUCGAGAGAGUCUGGGAAUAGAGCAAAAGUUAUGGAGUUCGUCGUACCCCGAUUCUGCUGUGUGAUAUUUGCUCUAAUGACAGGGCUGGCCUCUGGUCUGGAGCUGGCCAUCACAGGCCCAUCGACCAUUGAAAGAGCCAGUGGACAAACGGUGAAGCUGGAGUGCCAGUUCACCCUGGGCCCUGACGACCUGGCCCCCCUGGACAUCGAGUGGAGCUUGCUGGCCUCCGACAACCAGAAGGAAGACAAAGUGGUGAUCCUUUAUUCCGGCGACCGGGCCUUCGAGGAUUACCCUGUCAUGAAGGGUCGCGUCCACUUCAACUCGGCCGACCCCAAGAACGGCGACGCCUCCAUCAACCUGACGGGGCUGCGCUCGACGGACACGGGCACGUACCAGUGCAAGGUGAAGAAGGCCCCCGGGGUACGCAGCCGCAAGAUCCUGCUCACCGUCAUGGAGAAGCCCUCCCGGCCCCGGUGCUACGCUGAGGGCCCCACCGAGGUGGGCAAGGACAUGAUGUUGAGAUGCGUGUCCGCCCAGGGAACCAACCCCCUGCAGUACAUCUGGGAGAAGAUCAGCGACAGCAAGCUGCUCCCCGCCUCCGCCGUGCUGGACCCAGUCGGAGGCACCGUCAACGUCAGGAACGCGUCGGCCAGCGUGUCGGGGACGUACCGCUGCAGGGCCAAGAACCUGGUGGGCUCGGAGGAAUGCAUCCUGCACCUCAACGUCACCCCACCCCCCAACACCGCGGGCAUCAUCGCAGGCGCUAUCAUCGGCGUUCUGCUGUUCCUCAUCAUCCUCGCAGUCAUCCUCGUCUGCUGCUGCCGCGCACGCCAGAAGAAGAAGUACGAGAAGGAGAUCUGCAACGAGAUAAGGGAGGACGUGCCGCCGCCCAAGAGCCGCGUGUCGACGGCCCGCAGCUUCACCAGCGUGGGCAGCCACCGCUCCUCGCUGGGCUCCAUGACGCCCUCCAACCUGCACGAGUACGCCCUCAAGCCCCAGUACGACAAGAUCCCCUCGUCCGAGGACUUCGACAGGCCGCCCAGCCGGGCCCCCAUGGCCACGCCCAUCUUCACCGCCCCGGCCCCGGCCCCCGCGCCCAGGGUGGCCGGGCCCAACCUCAGCCGCAUGGGAGGCAUCGCCGUGAUGAUCCCCGCCCAGAACAGGGACGGCUCCAUCGUGUAGCCAGGCCCGGAGUCCUCGACUGUCUGCCCCGG